GGGUGGAAGUCAUCACAAAGUUUCCGUUUCUCCUGUCGUGCAUGUCCGAGGACUUUGUGAAUCAGUUGUAGAAGCGGAUCUUGUGGAGGCUCUUGAAAAAUUUGGAACCAUAUGUUAUGUCAUGAUGAUGCCAUUUAAACGCCAGGCUUUGGUGGAGUUUGAAAAUAUAGAAAGUGCCAAGAAGUGUGUGACAUUUGCAGCAGAUGAGCCAGUAUAUAUAGCUGGACAGCAAGCUUUUUUCAACUACUCUACAAGCAAAAGGAUCACUCGGCCAGGGAACACGGAUGAUCCAUCAGGCGGAAAUAAAGUUCUUCUACUAUCGAUUCAAAAUCCUCUCUACCCAAUUACAGUGGAUGUCUUGUAUACUGUGUGCAACCCUGUUGGGAAAGUACAACGUAUUGUUAUAUUCAAGAGAAAUGGAAUACAAGCAAUGGUUGAGUUUGAAUCAGUUCUCUGUGCUCAGAAGGCUAAAGCGGCACUCAAUGGAGCAGAUAUAUAUGCAGGAUGCUGUACACUAAAAAUUGAAUAUGCAAGGCCAACUCGACUUAAUGUCAUUAGAAACGACAAUGAUAGUUGGGACUACACUAAACCAUAUCUGGGCAGACGAGACAGAGGGAAGGGCCGCCAGAGGCAAGCCAUUUUGGGAGAACACCCUUCAUCAUUUAGACAUGAUGGCUAUGGAUCACAUGGUCCUUUGUUACCUUUACCAAGUCGGUACCGAAUGGGAUCUCGGGAUACUCCGGAGCUUGUUGCUUACCCACUUCCCCAGGCUUCCUCCUCUUACAUGCAUGGUGGAAACCCUUCUGGCUCAGUUGUCAUGGUCAGUGGGUUGCAUCAGCUAAAGAUGAACUGUUCGAGGGUCUUCAAUCUGUUCUGCUUAUAUGGAAAUAUUGAAAAGGUAAAAUUUAUGAAGACUAUCCCAGGCACAGCAUUGGUAGAAAUGGGUGAUGAGUAUGCUGUAGAAAGAGCUGUCACACAUCUCAACAAUGUCAAGUUAUUUGGGAAGAGGCUUAAUGUCUGUGUGUCCAAGCAGCACUCAGUAGUUCCCAGUCAGAUAUUUGAGCUGGAGGAUGGUACAAGUAGUUACAAGGAUUUUGCCAUGAGCAAGAAUAAUCGCUUCACCAGUGCUGGCCAGGCAUCCAAGAACAUAAUCCAGCCACCUUCCUGUGUGCUGCAUUAUUAUAACGUACCCCUGUGUGUGACCGAAGAAACCUUUGUAAAGUUGUGUGAUGACCAUGAAGUUCUCCCUUUCAUCAAAUAUAAAGUCUUUGAUCCGAAACCUUCUGCCAAAACACUCUCUGGUCUGCUGGAAUGGGAAUGCAAGACAGAUGCAGUGGAAGCCCUCACUGUACUUAAUCACUACCAGAUAAGAGUCCCAAAUGGCUCUAAUCCUUAUACCUUGAAGCUUUGCUUCUCUACUUCAUCCCAUUUAUAGAGAGAAGAGAGCAUGUUAGGCGCUACAUUCACCUUGAUUUGCAAGUUUGAAACUACAUUUCAUUCAGAAGCUCUAACGUUAGUGCUUAAAUGUUGCUGUCUCCACUUAAUUCUCAGAUCUUCUAUCUGUUUUUAUAAUAAAUUGAUGUUUCUUCAUACAUACAGAACAGAUCUUCUCUCUUUUCCUCUGAAGAGUAUGUGUUUGUGGUAAAUGUACAAAAAAUGUUUUUCACUAAAUGGUAAUUAGUACCUACAAGUAUUCAAAAGCCUUGUAGGUAGCUUAUGCAAAUAUACUGUGUACUAUUCCAAACCUUAAAAGUGCAGUUGUUUUAAUCCAAUAAUGAAGUGUAAUUCCAUUUUUAAUAAUGUUUAAAACAUUAGCAAGUAUUUUUCCAUUGUAGACUUAAUUGGCAGAUAAAUUCUAUAUGAAAUAGUUCUGUUUUUAGUUACAUGUUUAAGUAACUAAGUUUGUUGCAAUUAUUAAUGUUAUGAAUACAAACUUUUAGUAUAUUUUCAUUUCAUUAGGUUAACAUCACACACAUACUGGAUUUUAAGUAGCAAACUUUACCUGAUAUUUUUUUAAAAGCUAGCGUAAAAGACAAUUAAGUACAUGUAUGUAGUAUGUACUCAAAUUUACUUAAAAUGGAGAUGGGUUUUAAAACAUUUUCCAUUUGCAUUGGCAUGAUACCAUCUCUUACUAGUCCCAUCUUGGGUAUCAUUUUAGAAUUAAAGUUUCAAGCCUCAGUCAAUGUGUUUAUCUUUUUUACUUCAUGUGAAUUUAAAUUCUUGGUGUUUGGGGGUAACCUCAUGGCAUCGUAAGAUUCUUAUAUUGCCAUAAUUUAUUAAAACACAGAAGUUUGACCUGGGGAGAAUAGAUGGGCAUUGGAGGAAAGAAAUUGGGUUUUUCCCCGCUUGUAAGAGUACUUACCAAAACAUGUUCCAUACUGGAAGGCUGUUUUUAAUUCACAGUUGGUAAUUUCUUUGUCUGAUUCAGCACUACAUUUUGUCAUGGACCAGAAAAGGAAUCAAGUAUUAAAUAGAUCUGAUUCUUUCCAUUUUCGUAAGCGUGAAUCAGGUGUAACUCAGUUGCAGUCCAUGGAAUUAGAUGAUAUAAAAUAAAUAAGAUCAGAAUUGGACCAGUUUUUCUCCGCUCGGUUCCCAGUGUGCAGGAGUGUACUUUUUCCAGUCACACCCCAAUGUUGUUUUAUCUAAGUCUAGAUGUUAAAUGGGAAAGACCUAUUGAUUGGCUCCUCCAUUUUGUCAGUCUGGCAGUGCAGGUUGUCCGUGCAGUACGCUUCCCAGUGCUGUGUGUGAACAGUGACUGGUCCACCCUUCUGACAGAGAAUUCUGCAGCUGAGACUAUCUGGUUCUCAGUCUGAUUCAAUUUUCCCUGUUCCUGGGUGUGUUACUAGAUGUGCCCGUGGUGUCCAACCAGUUCUGAAGCAGACUGUUAUAGUGAACUAGCCACACUAAGCUGGCGAAAUAGCCACAUGUGGCUAGUGGCCAGGGUGUUGGAUGCCACAGGUACAUGCCAUGGUAGCCACACAACCAGUAAAUUUUGGACAGCAUUUAUACUUGGUCUGAAUAUUCCUGCCCUUUCAGUAAAAUGUGCAGCCCGCUCUCUACCCCCCCCCACCCCUAAAGUCCUUAGUUCCUCUUCCACUAGCCUGAGUGGCAGUUAGACGCCCGUUCCUUUCUCACAGAAUUCCCUUUCAGGGUUGUUUUAGUUUGCAUUUACUAUUGGUAGCAGUGUAGUUCUAGCCGUUGGGACUAGAGAUACCACUUGAUGGGGUCUACUAGGUGGUCAGGGAGAAUUACCUUAAAGAAUUUAAGGGGUUUUUUUAAAUGCACCUUAUCUAAUGGCAAAAUGACCAGUGGAUCACCUCUUCUGGUACCGAAGAUGCUCUGGAGAGAAGCAUCUUUCCCACACAGCCUGGAGUGAGAGCAAAGUCGACAUCAGCCUCAAGGUGAAUCUCUUAGAGGCUAGUAUGUCAGACAGAAAUAUCUGAACAGACGUGUUUACACGGCAGUCCAAGAUGUGACUGCAGCAUGUGUAGACAUGCCCAAGCUAGCUUAGAUCUAGCUAGUUAGGAACGAGAGCUGGGGAGCUCUAGCAGCGUGCGCUAUACAGACCAGCCCUGGACCUAGUCCAUGCUUCGCAGCUUCCUUUCUGCUGCUGUGUGAGCUAGUUAGGUCUCCCUGAGCUGCACUCACACCUCCAGUUGCUGUGUACACAACACACCCGGUCAGGAGUGGAUCUGAAUCCCUGUGCAUCUCUUCUCCUGAGUGCCAUCCGGUCCAUCAGCAGGCUGAGUCUGAUUCCUUAUUGCCAUCUUGCCAUGCAAAUAGCCUGAUGCACACUGGGCGCUCUGUCUGAAAUGACAGGUGCGCCUGUGCAGAUUGGGGCUGGCCUCCUUAUUCCACAGAGUUCUAGAGCUGGUCCAUGUGCUCCAGCUCUUUGGAACGGGCUGGUGGCAGGACAGGAGUCACCACUGAAUGACUAAGAUCCGUAUGGAACAGGCCUUGUUCUUGGCCUUGGCUUCCAGUUAGGUUUGAUAAACUGAAGCACUGAUUUCGGGCUGUAACUCUCCUGCCCUUUCUCCCAAGCCAUAAGCCCAAACCAGUGAACCUCGCCAUAUCAGAGGCUUAUUUUAGACCAUCCACCCCCUUCUUGUAAAACCCUCCACUGUGUGUGUUGAUGUAGAAGUGAAGGAUGGGGCUUUUAAAAUUAAGCUUCAGCAGUAGACAUUGGAGGGGAAGAAGAAAAUAUUGACAUAGUUGAAUUCAUCCUGGUUUAAAUAAUUCCCUUUGAUACCAAUAAAAACACUCUAGUCCUUGUUAAAAUGUUCUCCGUGUGCAAGGAUUAAGAAGAGUUCAUGGUCUUUGACUUCCCCGGGCUUUCAUCACAUAGUAACUAGGAUGAAUGAAGAGGGAUUUAAAAGAAAAUAUUCAGGAAAAUACGCUGUUAGGAAGGAAUGACAUGAUUGUAGUGUCACUGACAGUCGGGGAGUUGGCUGAACCCCCUUCCUUUUUAUAAUUAAAUGUAAUUUUCUCCUCUU